AUGUCUAGCGUUCUACGAUUCCAGAGCCGACGAGUGGUGGCGAGGCAGUUGACUUGGGGGAGCAGCUUUACAGCGCGAGCGCCGCGAUCAUUCAGCACAUCAAAGAUUGUCUUUUCUAGCCGAGGGCAUUCCAAGCUCUUUGACAAUGCCGAUGCUGCCGUGGCAGACAUUAAGAGCGGAUCAACAGUUCUCAGCGCAGGUUUUGGCCUUUGUGGUGUCGCAGAUACAAUUAUUGGUGCUUUAAACCGACGAGGUCGCGAAUCGCUUCAUUCUCUCACAGCUGUCUCAAACAAUGCCGGACAAGAAGGCAAGGGUGGACUGGCAACUCUCACCAGCGCUGGCCAGGUCGAUCGAUUAAUCCUCUCAUACCUUGGAAACAACAAAGUGUUGGAAAAGAAGUACCUGACUGGAGAGCUUGCAAUUGAGCUUUGCCCGCAGGGUACUCUGGCAGAGCGCAUUCGAGCCGGAGGUGCCGGCAUUCCAGCAUUCUUCACACCAACUGCUGCUCAUACUCUUGUGCAGGAUGGAGAGAUCCCCGUGCGAUUGGACAAGUCGGGCGCUGUUGUCGAAAAGGGACGAAAGAGGGAGACGCGCGAGUUCAAUGGCCGGACAUUCCUCAUGGAGACUGCUCUUACAGGCGACGUCGCCAUUCUAAGGGCUUGGAAGGUGGACAAGGAGGGAAACUGUGUCUUUAGAUACGCUACCAAGGCUUUCGGACCCAUCAUGGCCAAGGCCGCCAAGGUCACUAUCGUCGAGGCAGAGAACAUUGUCGAGGCUGGCGAGAUUGACCCCAACGAAGUUGACCUUCCCGGUAUCUUUGUCGAUCGAAUCGUCCCCUCUACAGCAGAGAAGAACAUUGAGGUGCUCAAGACGAGAGAAGAGGGAGAGGAUGGCUCACCACCAAAGGCAACCAGCGAGGCCCAAGAGCGACGAAACAGAAUCGCCCGACGAGCCGCCAAGGAGUUGAAGCCAGGAUACUAUGUGAACCUUGGAGUUGGAAUCCCGACGCUGGCCGUCUCUUUCCUGCCUCCGGAUAGCACGGUUCGACUUCAGUCUGAGAACGGUCUCCUUGGAAUGGGUCCUUAUCCCACCAAGGACGAGGUUGACCCUGAUAUCGUCAAUGCUGGAAAGGAGACCGUCACGCUUCUCCCUGGUGCAUCAUGCUUUGACUCUUCCGAGUCUUUCGGCAUGAUCCGUGGUGGACACGUCGAUGUGUCAAUUCUCGGUGCCCUUCAAGUUAGCUCCGUCGGUGACUUGGCAAACUACAUGAUCCCUGGAAAGGUCUUCAAGGGUAUGGGAGGCGCCAUGGACCUUGUCGCCAACCCCGACAACACCAAGAUUGUCGUUGCUACCGAGCACUGCGCCAAGGAUGGCUCAUCCAAGGUUGUGCAGCAGUGCAGCUUGCCAUUGACAGGCGCACGUGUCGUGAGCACCAUCAUCACCGACCUUUGUGUGUUCCAGGUGGAUAGAGUCCAGGGCACUCUGACCCUGACGGAGCUUGCUCCGGGUGUGACGGUAGACGAAGUAAGAGCCAAGACGGACGCGGACUUUGCGGAAGCGGAUGAUUUGAAGACAAUGGAGUAG